UAUUUCUCCGAAGAAAUUUUUUAGAUUUUGUUUCUUCAAUGUUAUUUAAUUAUGUAUAAUUUCUUCGCAAUUUCCGUUUGUACUCUUAUUAUUCUGUAAGAAUUUUUACCGUUUUGAGGAUACAUGUUUGAAAUAUCAUCCUCUGAAAAUGAACUCCUUUGAACACAAGCUUAAAUAUUUGCAUUUAUUCUUUGAUUUCAUACUGUAGAUAUUUUAUUAUAUUUUUAACUGAACAGAUCUUUUGUGUUUGUUUGUGCGCUUGCAUUUAAUACCAUUUAAAAUGUCCAGUUCUGCGAGACCUGCACCACCCAAGCCCGUUCCAAAGCCUGGUCAUGUGAAAGUUGUAAGAGCACUUUACAGAUACAGUGCCCAACAGAGCGAUGAACUAUCAUUUGAAGAAGGGGACAACUUGUAUAUUAUUGACACUAAAAGUGAUGCUGGAUGGUGGAAAGCUUCUUGCAAUGGAGUUGUUGGUCUCAUUCCUAGUAACUAUGUUGAAGAAAGUACAGAGGAAGUUCUUCAUCCAUUACAUGAAGCUGCAAAGCGUGGAAAUCUUGCUUUCUUGUCGGAAUGUAUCCAAAAUAAGGUAUCUGUAAAUGGAUUGGACAAAGCUGGAUGCACCGCAUUGCAUUGGGCUGCACAUUCAGGAAAUGAAGAAUGUCUGAAAGAGUUACUGAAAGUUCCUCACAUUGAAAUAAAUGUUCAGAACAAACUGGGUGACUCACCAUUACAUUCCUGUGCAUGGAAAGGAUAUAGUGAGAUUGUAAAACUCCUCCUUGAAAAAGGUGCUAAUCCAUCUUUGAGAAAUAUGGAAAACAAGACCCCUUAUGAAUUAGCAAAUGAUUCUGCCACAAAAGCAAUGUUAAAACCAUUCCAUCGCAGUUCAUCCUUGAUUAAUGCUGAAGAAUAUGGAAACAGUGAUGAUUCAGAAUAAUUACAGGAUGUCUUAUCAAACUUUUGUAAAAGUUCAUUGCAUGAACUAGUCAUUUUUAGCAAAGAGCUUACUUAUUACUCGAAAAUUAAGCAUAAUUUAAGGUGAAAAUAUUUUCCUAUAAAAAGGCUUAUAAGUGAAUUUUUUACUCAUGGCUGUGCUAAAUACUGAUGUGAAAAUCAAUCGUAUUUUGUUAAAAAAUCUUAUUUUUAAUUUUGAAAUAACAAGUUAUAAUGUUUUUAUUUAUAGCUGUUUUACAUACUGAUCAAUAACAUUGAAAAUAUUCGUGUGAAAUAUAUUUGUACUACGCAUAAAAAAGUUUUAUUUUUAAAAUAAUAAG